GUCCCGGCCCCCGUCCAGACAAAGGCCCCUUCGACCGAGCCCUUCCUCAAGGACUUUACUCUCCUCGUCGCCGAUACACGCCUCUGCUGAGAAUAUGUCGGCCGAAGAGACAGGUUGUCAAUCUUCGGCUCGGCUUGCUAGACCUCUUCGGCACUACGAGUGCGAGAGAGUGUGAUGUUGAGAUGGCCGUCUUUGUUUUUCACAAGCAUGAUCUGGGUUUUUAUAAACUUGGUUCCUUUUCCCCGUUGCGAUACAUCUUGCUUUUUUGUCGUUCCAUAUACACGGGAGAUUUCGGCGUCAGAAAGUGGUGCGCGCUCAGUCUUUGCGCUGUCUCUUUUAUACUUGGUUAAUGGGUUCUAUCAGAUGGAUGGGACGGUGUUGGUCUACAGGGAGGUCAGGACUUUUGUACAUAUACACGGCUGCUGUGUUGGGAUUUCAUUGUUUUUUUUGUUUUUUUCCCCCCCCCUUGUCAUCUUUUCUUAUCAUUUUCCCUCUCACAUUGCAUAUAUAUAGCCAGCUAUAAAUACCCGCACCUACGCUAAUGGAAUUUGUACGAGGCUGUCAUGGACGCCUCUUGAAUUAAUCGCCAUCUCUCUUGCUUGAUCUGCGUGACAUCGACAUCGCUU